GUGUUGAAGCUGGAAAAGGACGAAAACGGCGACUGGUCUUUCUUUAUCCACUACACUGGGUGGAAGAAAAGUUGGGACGAGUGGGUGGGCACGGUGCGGUUGCUCAAGGACACGGAGGAGAAUCAGCGGCGCAAGCAGCAGCUGAAGCAGGAGGCUCAGGGGGGCGGCCGGAAGGACAAGGCGCCUGCUCGUGGCAAGGUCACCUCGCCAGAUGUGCACGGGUCAGGAGGCAAGGGACGCAAGAGAAAGGCACCAGAUACCACCCCUGGUUCAGCUGGUGCCAAAGCUGCUGGCUCUUCUGCUGCUGCUGCCGCUGCUGCUAUUGCUGCUGCCGCUACAAGCCCUCCUGCUGCUUCUGGUCGGGGUGCUGGUGCUGGGGGCGCUGGUAGAGGGAGGAGAAGAGGAGCAGGGCGAGCAGGAGGGGAAGAGGAGGCGGAAGGGAGGAAAGGAGGUGAGGAGGAGGACGAGGAUGAGGAGGAGGAGGAGGAGGAGGAGGAGGAGGAGGAGGAGGAGGAGGAGGAGGAGGAGGAGGAGGAGGCGGAGGGAGAGAGUGCGGGGCAGAGCGGUAGAAGCAGUGAGGAGGAAGAAGAGGAAGAGGAGGAGGAAGAGGAGGUGGAGGAGGGGCGUGGGGGGGAAAGAGGGCGGGGGCGGGGAGGGGGGAACCGGGGGGAAAGGGGAAGCGAGCGGGGGAGGGGAGGGAGAGGGGGGACUGCAGGAGCCGGUUCUGGGGGCAGGAGUGGUGGUGCUGGGGGGAAUAGCGGAGGCGGGGGAGGAGGGGGAGAGGGAGGAGGCAGAGGCGGGGGGGGAGGGGGAGGAGUGGGGGGAAGUGGUGGGGCAGAGAAGGGCGGGGUGUGCGAUGUGGAUCUGGCAUUGUUCAUCCCGAAUGCGCUCAAGAGGCAGCUAUUAGAAGACGAGGAUCUGGUGGUGCGCCAGAGGAAGCUCGUGCCACUGCCCUGCAGGCCCUCUGUGGCGGAGCUCCUAGCGGACUUCAUCAGCUCCAAGCGCAGCAAGCGGCGUGGCAAGGGCAUGGCGGAGGUGGUGAACGGCAUCCGGUGCUACUUUGACCGCUCGCUGCCGCUCAUGCUGCUGUACAAGGAGGAGCGCGAGCAGUUCCAAUGCGUCUUUGCCCGCCUCACUGCCGCCGCUGCCUCCGCUUCUGGUGCUGCUGCAGCCGCAGGAGGAGGGGGAGCGGGAGGGGGUGGGGGGAGUGGAGGAGGAGAGGGGACGGCGGGAGGGGGAGGUGGAGACGGGGCGAGAGGAGGAGGAGGAGGAGGGGGUGGGGGAGUGUCGGAUGCGGCAGCGCCGUCGACUGUACGGCCGUCGGAUAUAUACGGGGCGGAGCACCUUCUCAGGCUCUUCAGUAAGGCUUGGCUUGCUUCUCAGGCUCUUCAUGGAGGGGGGUGA